UGUCUUUUUGUUUUUAUUAAAAAAACAAUUUUUAUUUUACGAAUAAGCGUAAGUUAUAUACUGCAAACGACCGACUAUCUACCUAAAAAUUAACUCUAGGAAAAGGUUAUUUAAAGUUCUUGUGACGCUUAUUUCCACCGAAAAUAAACACCAAAAUUGAUUGUUUUGGAGUAAAUAUGGAUGAAGAACAGUCCUCAGAGGUGCCAAAAGAAGAGACAAUAGAAGAAAUAAAAUUUAAACCAGUGAAGAAGAAAAAUUUACGUCAAAGAAUAAAAACUGAGGAUGAUGACUCUGAAGAUGAAGAACUUAUUGUUGCGAGACUCCAAGAAGCCAAAGAGGCACAGAAGCUUCGAGAGAAGCCCAACGGUAUUAGUUUAAUAGCCUUGGCUACUGGACAGAAGGUAACAUUAGAGGAAGAAAUAACCUGUAAAGACCCAUUCAAUGUUAAGUCUGGUGGUAUGGUCAAUAUGCAAGCUUUAAAGAGCGGUAAAGUAAAACAGGUAGAUGACGCGUAUGACACGGGCAUUGGUACACAAUUCUCAGCCGAGACAAAUAAAAGAGAUGAAGAUGAAGAAAUGAUGAAGUACAUUGAAGAGCAGCUUGCAAAGCGUAAAGAAGGUGAUAAAGACAAAUCAAAUCAAGAUGAUAAUGAUUCAUUGAAGUAUUUAGCGCCAGAGGAAGCUGCAUUGCUGUCUCUGCCCGAACAUUUAAGAAUAUCAUCAGCUCACCGUUCAGAGGAAAUGUUGUCCAAUCAAAUGUUAAGUGGAAUCCCAGAAGUGGAUUUGGGCAUAGAUGCCAAAAUAAAGAACAUAGAAGCCACCGAAGAAGCAAAAAUGAAGCUGCUGUGGGAACGGCAAAACAAAAAAGAUGGACCUUCACAGUUUGUUCCGACAAAUAUGGCUGUGAAUUUUGUGCAACAUAAUAGGUUUAAUAUAGACAAUAACGCAAAAAAGAGAAAAGUGGAGAAAGUCGAGGUAAAACCUGAAACUAGUGUUAUUGAUGAAAGCGUAGACAAAAUUGUCAAAAAAGCAAAAGGUGAAAGAGCUACUGAUGACUAUCAUUAUGAGAAAUUCAGAAAACAGUUUAGGAGAUAUUAAGAUUAUAAUUAAGAAAAUGAACUAGUAAAAAUCUUCAAAGCAAUAGCUUUAUUGUGGUAUUUAUAAUACUGGUGUACUUUUUUGUGUU